ACCCACUCUUCUUUGAUGUGUCGUCCCGUCCCCCGUCCCCCCCAACAGGUCCUCCAGGAGGAGACGUCCAUCCCGGGCAGCGACCUCAACCUGCUGUACCUGUCCUCGCGGGCAGCCGGCUACAAGCCUGUCCUCAAGGUCACCAUGACGCAGGCCAGUGUGCCUUUCAACCUCAUGAAGGUGCACCUGAUGGUGGCGGUGGUGGGGCGUCUGUUCCAGAAGUGGUUCCCUGCCCAGCCCAACCUCUCCUACACCUUCAUCUGGGACAAGACAGACGCUUACAACCAGAAGGUCUACGGCUUGUCUGAGGCAGUCGUGUCAGUGGGUUUUGAGUACGAGUCGUGUCUGGACCUGAUCCUGUGGGAGAAGAGGACAGCCACACUGCAGGGCUAUGAGCUGGACGCGUCCAACAUGGGAGGCUGGACGCUGGACAAACACCAUAUACUGGAUAUCCAGAACGGCAUCCUGUACAAGGGCAACGGUGAGAACGUGUUCAUCUCCCAGCAGCCCCCAGUGAUCAGCAGCAUCAUGGGUAACGGCCGGCGACGCAGCAUCUCGUGCCCCAGCUGUAACGGCCAGGCGGAGGGCAACAAGCUGCUGGCCCCCGUGGCGCUGGCCUGUGGUGCCGACGGGAGCCUCUUCGUCGGGGACUUCAACUACAUCAGACGCAUUUUCCCCUCUGGGAACGUCACCAGUGUGAUGGAGCUCAGAAAUAAAGAUUUCAGACAUAGCAACAACCCGGCCCACCGGUACUACCUGGCGACGGACCCGGUUACGGGGCAGCUGUACGUGUCAGACACCAACUCCCGCCGUAUCUACCGUCCCAAGGUCCUGACGGGCACCAAGGAGCUGAUCCAGAACGGAGAGGUGGUGGCGGGAACCGGGGAGCAGUGUCCCCCCUUCGACGAGGCACGCUGCGGGGACGGGGGCAAGGCCACAGAGGCCCUCCUCAUGGGGCCCAAAGGUAUUACGGUAGAUAAGAACGGGUACAUCUACUUCGUAGACGGGACCAUGAUCAGGAAGGUGGAUCGUAACGGGAUCAUCUCCACCCUGUUGGGCUCCAACGACCUCACCUCAGCCCGACCCCUGACCUGUGACACCAGCAUGCACAUCAGACAGGUACGUCUGGAGUGGCCCACAGCCCUGGCCAUCAACCCCAUGGAUAAUUCCAUCUAUGUCCUGGACAACAAUGUGGUGCUGCAGAUCACUGAGAACAGACAGGUGCGCAUCGUGGCGGGACGUCCCAUGCACUGCCAGGUGCCAGGUAUAGAAUACACGCUGGGCAAGCGGGCGGUGCAGACCAUGCUGGAGGGAGCUGCUGCCAUCGCCCUCUCCUACAGUGGCGUGCUCUACAUCGCCGAGACUGAUGAGAAGAAGAUGCAUCGCAUCCGCCAGGUGUCCACGGACGGCGAGAUCACGCCCUUGGCCGGAGCUCUGUCCGAUUGUGACUGCAAGAACGACGCCAACUGCGACUGCUACCAGACGGGCGACGGCUACGCCAAAGACGCCCGCCUCAACUCGCCCUCCUCGCUUGUCGUCUCGCCCGACGGUACGCUCUACGUGGCCGACCUGGGCAACAUCCGCAUCCGCGCCGUCCGCCGCAACCAACCGCCGUCGGGCGCCGCCGUUUCCGGCCCGGGCUCCUUCGAGGUGGCCUCGCCGUCGUCCCAGGAGCUCUACGUGUUUGAUUCCAACGGAACCCACCAGUUCACCAUGUCUCUCGUCACCGGUGACUACAAGUACAACUUCAGCUAUAGCAACGAGGAGGACGUUACAGCGGUGACAGAUAGUAGUGGCAACACCUUGAGGAUCCGCCGCGACCCCAACCGGAUGCCGGUGCGGAUCGUUGCCCCGGACAACCAGGUGAUCUGGCUGACAAUCGGGACCAAUGGCGGGUUGAAGACACUGACGGCCCAGGGACAAGAGCUGGUGCUGUUCACCUACCACGGCAACAGUGGGCUGCUCGCCACCAAGACCAUACAGAUAGGAUGGACCACCUUCUAUGAUUAUGACAGUGAAGGUCGUCUAACCAACGUGACGUUCCCUACGGGAGUGGUGACCAACCUACACGGGGACAUGACCGGGGCCAUCACGGUGGACAUCGAGACAUCCGGCCGCGACGAGGACGUCAGCAUCACCACUAACCUCUCCUCCAUCGACUCCUUCUACACACUAGUCCAGGACCAACUAAGGAACAGCUACCAGGUGGGCUACGACCACUCUCUGAGGGUGAUCUAUGCCAACGGGAUGGACACACACUACCAGACGGAGCCCCACAUCCUGGCGGGCGCUGCCAACCCCACGGUGGCACGGAGGAACAUGACGCUGCCCGGGGAGAACGGGCAGAACCUGGUGGAGUGGCGCUUCCGCAAAGAGCAGACCCGGGGGAAAGUCAUCGUGUUCGGAAGGAAGCUCAGGGUGAAUGGCAGAAACCUUCUCUCGGUGGAUUACGACCGAACUCUCCGGACAGAAAAGAUCUACGACGACCACAGGAAGUUCCUGCUGAAGAUCGUGUAUGACACCCAGGGCCACCCUACUCUGUGGGUCCCCAGCAGUAAGCUGCUGUCAGUCAACCUUACCUACUCCAGCACGGGGCAGGUGACCAGCCUACAGAGGGGUCCCACCACAGAGAGGGUGGAGUACGAUGGUCAAGGGAGGAUUGUGUCCCGAGUGUUCGCCGAUGGAAAGACCUGGAGUUUUACAUACCUGGAUAAGUCCAUGGUGCUCCUGCUCCACAGCCAGCGUCAGUACAUCUUUGACUACGACCUGUUGGACCGCCUGUCUGCUGUCACCAUGCCUUCGGUGGCCCGUCACACCAUGCAGACCAUCCGCUCCCUGGGCUACUAUCGCAACAUUUACAACCCCCCGGAGAGCAACGCCUCGGUCACUGUCGACUACAGCGAAGACGGACAGCUCCUCAGAGUGGCCCACCUAGGGACAGGUCGUAGAAUUCUCUACAAGUACCGACGACAGAACAAAAUGGCGGAGAUCUUGUAUGAUUCUACGAGGGUUAGCUUCACCUACGAUGAGACAGCCGGUGUGCUGAAGACGGUGAACCUCCAGAGUGAAGGGUUCAUCUGUUCCAUCCGGUACCGGCAGAUUGGACCGUUGGUGGACCGGCAGAUCUUCCGGUUCAGUGAGGACGGCAUGGUGAAUGCACGGUUUGAUUAUACCUACGACAACAGCUUCCGGGUCACCAGCAUGCAGGCUGUCAUCAACGAGACACCGCUGCCCAUCGACCUCUACCAGUUUGAUGACAUCUCCGGGAAGGUGGAACAAUUCGGAAAGUUCGGUGUGAUCUACUACGACAUCAACCAGAUCAUCUCCACGGCCGUCAUGACCUACACCAAGCACUUCGACGUCCACGGGCGGAUCAAGGAGAUCCAGUACGAGAUCUUCAGAUCCCUCAUGUACUGGAUCACCAUCCAAUAUGACAACAUGGGCCGGGUGACCAAACGCGAGAUCAAGAUCGGACCGUUUGCCAACACGACCAAGUAUGGUUACGAGUACGACGUGGACGGUCAGCUCCAGACGGUCUACCUCAACGAGAAGAUGAUGUGGCGCUACAACUACGACCUGAACGGCAACCUCCACCUGCUCAACCCGGGUAACAGCGCCCGGCUCACCCCGCUACGCUACGACCUCCGAGACCGUAUCACGCGGCUCGGGGACGUCCAGUACCGGCUGGAUGAUGACGGGUUCCUGAGACAGAGAGGAGCUGAGAUCUUUGAGUACAACUCCAAGGGCCUUCUAGAACGUGUCUACAGCAAAGGCAACAGUUGGACCAUCCAGUACCGCUACGAUGGGUUGGGCCGCCGUGUGGCCUCCAGAACCAGCCUGGGCCAGCACCUGCAGUUCUUCUAUGCAGACCUGAACUACCCGACCAGGAUCACGCACGUCUACAACCACAGCAGCUCAGAGAUCACAUCUCUCUACUACGACCUGCAGGGACACCUCUUCGCCAUGGAGAUCAGUAGCGGAGAGGAGUUCUAUAUCGCCUGUGACAACACCGGAACCCCUCUAGCAGUGUUCAGUAGUAAUGGGCUUCUUCUGAAGCAGGUGCAGUACACAGCCUACGGCGAGGUCUACUUUGACUCCAACCCUGACUUUGUCCUGGUGAUCGGCUUCCACGGGGGUCUCUACGAUCCCUUGACGCGCCUGCUGCAUUUCGGGGACCGGGACUAUGACAUCCCGGCGGGGCGCUGGACCACCCCAGACAUCGGGACGUGGAUGAGAGUCGGGAAAGACCCGGCGCCGUUCAACCUGUACAUGUUCCGGAACAACAACCCUGUCAGCAAAGUUCACGAGGUCAAGGAGUACGUCACAGAUGUCAAUAUCUGGCUGGUGACGUUUGGGUUCCACCUUCACAACGCCAUCCCCGGGUUCCCCAUCCCCAAGUUCGACCUCACACAGCCGUCCCUGGAGAUGAAGAAGAGCCAGCUCUGGGACGACCUGCCGUCCAUCUCGGGGGUGCAACAGGAAGUGACCCGGCAAGCCAAGGCUUUCCUGUCCUUCGAGAGGAUGCCGGAGAUCCAGCUGAGCCGCCGGCACUCCAACCGGGAAAAACCCUGGCUGUGGUUCGCCACCGCCAAGUCGCUGAUCGGUAAGGGUGUUAUGUUGGCGGUGACGCAGGGCCGUGUGGUCACCAACACUCUGAAUAUCGCCAACGAGGACUGCAUCAAGGUGGCCGCCGUCCUCAACAAUGCGUUCUACCUGGAGGACCUACACUUCACGGUGGAGGGACGCGACACGCACUACUUCAUCAAGACCAGCCUCCCGGAGAGCGACCUGGGAGCGCUGAGGCUGACAAGCGGGAGGAAGUCACUGGAGAACGGAGUCAACGUGACUGUGUCCCAGUCCACCACCGUGGUGAACGGCAGGACUCGGCGCUUCGCCGACGUGGAGCUGCAGUACGGCGCUCUAGCGCUCCACGUGCGCUACGGCAUGACUCUGGACGAGGAAAAGGCGCGUGUUCUGGAGCAGGCCAGGCAGAAGGCGUUGGCGAGUGCCUGGUCCAGGGAGCAACAACGGGUGAGGGAGGGGGAGGAGGGAGUGAGGCUGUGGACGGAGGGGGAGAAGAGGCAGCUGCUGAGCGGAGGGAAGGUGCUGGGCUACGAUGGGUACUACGUCCUCUCCAUAGAGCAGUACCCCGAGCUAGCAGACUCCGCUAACAACAUCCAGUUCCUCAGGCAGAGCGAAAUAGGGAAGAGGUAACAGACAGAAUCCUCGGCACUGGCCUCCAAAGAGACUACCCCCUCCAAAUCCUGCCCCCCAACCUCCCUCGCCUCCCCCCUUUUCUCUAAAAAGGGGGAGGGUCCAGGCUAGUGCUGUGUUUAGCGCCGCCUAGCUGAAACAAACACAGUAAAAUGUAGAAAUAUCACAAACUGAACUAAACCUAAUACUACCACUGUGGGGCCUGAAAAUCAAACAAAGCGGCUCCAACUGACGCAGAUGUUUGUCCCGUGCUAUACAGCGUUGAAUGGACUGUGGACUCUCUUGAAAAGAGAGGGGGGAAAAGUCAGAACUCUCGGUUUUGUGAAAGGAAAAAAAAGUUUUUGUUUUUUAAAUCGACUUCCUGCUAUUUGCUUUCGGAAAAAAUAUUUUAAAAAGGAAGAAAAAAUGUGUUUACAUACGCAUACCACUACAACACGUCUGGACUAAUAGAAAAAAAGCCUUCUGGUUUCUUACAAAGGACAACGUCUAUAAUCUGAUUCUACAUCCUGACGACUGACCUUUGAUUGACCUUUGCGUACUGAAAAAGUUAGUGUUGUUGUUCGCAGUAGGACCAUGGGUCUCCAAUGGUGGCAUCAAGACAGUCAAAACCACUUGUUGAAACCACUUGCUCGUUCUCCUGCUUUUCUUUCUAAAAAGGACAAAACGGCUCCCUCCAAGUGACUUCUUUGCCAAUACUAGAUCAAAGUGGGACGUUUUGGGAAUCGGGAGGGUGUGUGUGUGUGUGUGUGUGUGUGUGUGUGUGUGUGUGUGUGUGUGUGUGUGUGUGUGUGUGUGUGUGUGUGUGUGUGUGUGUGUGUGUGUGUACAAUCGAGACAAUGUGUGUGUGUGUACGUAUGGAGGAAGUUAAUCAAUUAAAUGAAAUGAAAGAAUCAUAUCCAAUCAAUCUUUUGAAAAACAAUGUGAGACAGUAUCUUUAUGGAUUUUUUUAUUAAGAUGAAAAAUUCCAAACUUAUCCGUACAUCAAUAUUAGCCUCUUAGAGAAAGUAAUUUAUGUACAGUGUUUAUACAUAAAAAAAUAAAAUCGUAAAAAAUAUGAAGAUUUUUUUUCCUUCGUCAUACGUUACUGUUUAUACUCUUCAUUAAGUUUUUAAUAUUUUAUCCUAUUAUAAUUCAGGGUAAUGCUUAUUGAAAUAACAUUUAAAAAAUCAACCCUACUGUAUUCUGCAUUGAGAAUAUUCCAAGUAGGGUUUUUAAUUUUCUUGCCUUCAUUGAUCAGAUUCCCUGAUAUCUGAGACGAAACCACGUUUUUUUUGGGCACUUAUAUUUUUUAUUAGAAAAGUGUCAAUUGAAUGGUCGAUGUCAGUCAGACAACCAUAUGUCUUAGGAAAUACUAGACUACAACAAUCAACAGCAGGAGAAUAGUUUGGCUGUACGGUACGGUAGUAUAUCCUACCUUGUGGAAAUAGCCUUUGAACCUUUGAAGUACUUUUGAGUAGGACACAGGAAAGGGCCGCGUGUCCUUCUUCAGCUAGAGGGUUUGAAAACAAAACACCUUGGUUGUCUUACCUAGAUAUUAUUUCUGCUUUUCCUAUAACAAAACCAUGCUGUUUCUUAGAUCUCAGCUCAAACGAGAAGGCUUCUCGUAAUCACUAUUAAGGAUGGAAAAUUCCAGAAACUUGGAAGAUCCAAUUGGGAUUCAUGAAAAACCUGGUAAUUUUGGGAUCGUUUCCAGAAUUUUCCAGUCCUAACCACUAUAGUUCUUUGCUCUUUCUCUACCUACUUUAGGAAGAGUUUAACUCAUCAAUAAAAUGUAUUUAUAAAGCCCUUCUUACAUCAGCUGAUGUCACAAAGUGCUGUACAGAAACCCAGCCUAAAACUCCAAACAGCAAGCAAUGCAGGUGUAGAAGCACGGUGGCUUGGAAAAACUCAUGUUCCUUGUACCAGCACAGAGAGCACAGAUAGGACUGCAGCAGUGAGAACUGAACAGAACCAAAUACGAGCUUCUUGACUUGAACAGAUACAACACCACCAUAAUCCAAGGGACCAUUUAUCAUCAUGCUCGUAAAUGUAUUCCUCCAACUUCACUUCUUUUAUCCUAAACAUGGCUAAAAUCAAGUGCAAACACAAUCACAUCAAACGGUUCAUUAGAUAGAGCAAAGGGCAGAGUUUAGCUCAAGUUCCGGAGGGGAAAAGAGCGAGAGAAUAAACCUGGGAAAAGCCUACAAACAGCUCUAUGUGCACUCUGGGUAAUUUUUCCGACAUAACCUAAAUGGCUAGUGAGUGUAAUGUAAAGGAGUUGCCAGGGUGAUGAACAUGACAUCAGCACUAUGAACUAACUCUCCCUACUCAUCGCUCUGCCUGAGGGGGAUAACACACAUAUUCACCCACAGAAAGAGAAAGAAAAGUUUUUUAACACCAAACUAUGACUUUUUCAAAGAUUUUAGUUGUUGUGAUGAUCUGAACCACACUUGAGGAAACUUUGCCAGUCACACGAACACUACAUCCCCAGGAGCCAUGCCCAAACGCGUUUUUCAUCAUGAAUGUUGUUCUGGAGGCAGCUCUGCAGAGUGGUCACUAGCUGGCACAGCCAUAAAGUCAUAACAUUAACACUAACCUUAACCACACUACUAACCCUAAUGCCUAAUCCUAUCCUUGAAUUAAGACCAAAAAUCUAAUUUUAGUUUUCAUGGAUUUUUCCAAUAUAGCCAACUUUGACUUUCCAGCUGGCCUAAGGGGAAAUCGCUCAGUUCUGCCUCUAGGACAAGACUCGUGAAAAUAAGCGUCAACCUGCUACCCAAACAGAAGAUUACAACACCCUUUCGCAGAAGUUUCUCAUGUUUCCAUGUUGCUUUUUCAGUCAAUGUGACCGCCUCAUACAGUAGUUUAAAUCUGUUUCUUUUGUAAACAGUUUGUAAAAAAGACUUAGCGAAUGAGAAAGUAUUGUUUUUUUGCUUUAUGAUUUUUUACAUAUAUAUAUAUAUAUAUAUAUCAAUCAUUGAAUUGUAUUGCCUAGCUUAUUUUUCUAUUCAUGUGUGUGACAAGGUGGACAGAAGAUGGAAGGACUUAUACUCCCAGUUUGCUUGUGUGUUGAUUUGACUAUGUUGUUGUCAGAUUUUCUCUGGUGUUAUUGGUUGGUCUUGGUCUGUACCAUGUGCCAUUUAUUCUGUAGGGGGAGUCAUAGUUGAUCCUACCCCUGCUGUAUCACAUUGCUACUAUGAUGCCCCUCUCUCCCCCAUCGUCAGCCGAAAGUACAAGUAGCCCAGCCACAUACAGUGGCUUAAGACCAGGACUCAACAUACUGAGUUUUCCUUUUGACUUUGCUGAUCUCUCAAAAUAACACUUCCCCAAAAUACACUUUUUGUGUUGUUCUGUUUUACUAAGUAGAAUGUUCCAGUCUAACAAUGUGUUAGACACCUCCUAUUGGAGCGGACACUGCUAGAAGGAGGGGAGCAAAUGGUGUUUCGGGGUUGAAAAAGGGGUCAUCCCACAAACAUGCAGGAAGCAAUGUGUUCUGGGUAUUGUUUGCAUGCUUACAAAUUAAAACGCCCUUCCAUCCGUCAGUCAUUGUUUCCUAUCCAUGUUAGAACUGACAUUUACAUAUCUACAUGGUCAAAGGCUUCUGUAUUAUAUUGCACUACAAUGUAACAGCGUUAUUGCUUAAUGUUUAGUCCAUAUAAUAACCUUGAAGUGCUGGUCGAUGCCAGGUCAUAACCUUUAUGUCUGGGCUCCAGGUAGAAGCUUCCCCUUAGGCACAGAUCUAGGAUCAGCCUCCAACUCCAAUCCUACUUAACCAUUAGGGGGUAAAACACAAAACUGGCCUUAGAUCCGUGUCUCUAAAGGCAUCAUACCUACCUUCCGCUUUGUCUGAAGAUGGUGAUUAGGUAGAGGAAUUUCCUUUCUCAAAGAACUUCCUGACUUUAGAAGGAGAGGCUCAUGGGAUUGGUACCACUGCUGACCGUAACGCUGAGUCAUGCACCAGCGUCGCUAUAAAUACUAUAUUACCGCCAUUUUGGAGAAUGAUGUCUAUAGUGAUGUCACCACUAGCACCACCACAGCCACCUCUCUCACCCUAUCACAAAAAACACACAUCUGUUCUGCGGUGUCACACAGUUUACAGACCUGAAGGGACAGCAAACACGGCGACGUUGAGACAACGUCGUGUGGUGGUUGUGUGUUAGCUGGGAGUCUUCUGUAUUGUGUGGUGAUGAGACUUUGAGCAAAGAAAAUGUGUAGUUUUAUUUUUGUUAAGACCCUGUUGUCCAGAGUCACAGGUUAGCUGAUGUUUUGGGUUUGGAGAUUGAGGGAAUUUGAUAAUUUUUCUAUGUAUUUUGUCAUUUUGUUUUCGUUCUCUGAAAAUGAAACAGAUGGGCGAAAAGUGAUUUUAAUUGUUCAGUCAGUCCUCUCUUUGUAAAGAAGGUACAACAUAUCUUUUUAAUUUAUUCAGAGAUUUGUUCAUUUUUUUUCUUCUUUCUUUCAAUUGACAUCCUCCGUGAAAGUUUCAUCAUAAGAUAUUGUUUUUUAUAUAAACAAACAUUGCUGUUUUAGAGUGCAAUUAAAGUGCAAUUUUAAUGUAAGUUCCGAAAGGUCAUUUCCGGGGAGGCAAUCCCUUUUAUCUCCCAGAUGUUAAAGAUCCAACAGACAUCAAUCAUGAUAACAAUAAACAUGUCAUACUGUGAAGGUUUCUGAA